AUGUUAACCGCUACGCCAUCCUCAGCCAUUGCCAAAAGCGAUUACGAUGACAACUUUAUGAAGAACCUCUCUAACAACAAAGGAGCCAAGCCAUCAGCAACACCACAACCGUCCAAGGCUUCAUCCAAGAUAUUUAUACCACCCACAUCCUAUAGGAAGCAGCCAGCAGAGAUGAUCAACAAACAACACCCACAGCAGCAUCAACCACAAUGGAAGCUACCUCCUAGACUUGACACCGCUGUCAAACCAAUAGAAACGAUGGCACCAAACGUCAACAUCAAUCCCAACAGCGUUGGCUCAGUGUCGUUGCUUGACCUGACAGACUCUCACAGUGCUUGGGAUGAUGAUCUACCACUCGCCAACGACAAUGAACCCGUUCCAGACCCCAACAGAAGGAAGUCAAGCAAAGGUCGUGUCAAUGUAAGGUGGGCAUCUGACGACCAACUACUACAGAUCAAGGAGUUCACGACAGAAGUUGAGGAGAUCCAUGAAACAAAGGACUUUGAAAUGGCGAAAGCAGCAGAGCACGAAGGCGAGAAACGAUUCAACCUUAACUCUGGUUCCAAAAGAAUGGAAACCACCACACUUUGGACCACUCCAUCAAUGCUGGAUGUCGAUUCCCUACCUGCACUUGAUGAGGGCUCAGCCAGCACAGAGAAGAUUGCACAGGCAGAGCGCGAGAACUUCACCCUGAUGGAGGUAUACUUUGCUGCCAACAUCCCUGACAAUCCCAAAGAGCCCGACUCUGUGGAGGACUAUGACGAGUCUAAGGUUCCUGUGUUCUCCUUCCUGGAUGCACCUGAACCAACUCCAAUGCAACUACAACAAAUGUCGUCAUCACCCAACUUUGACAAUAUCCUCUACACAGUGCCAUCAUUUACCUCUUCCAUCACUAAUCAACAGAAUUCAUAUGAUAACAUGGCCUUUAACAACAACAACAACAACAGCAACAUCAAUAACAAUUAUUUAUUUGGCAAUGGAAUGGACAUGGCAAUGAACAACAACAACAUCAACAAUAUGAACAACAACAAUCUAAACUUUGGAGGCAACAUCAACUAUAACCAGUCCUUCAACUCAACCAAUGGUGCAUUUGGUAAUAACUAUGUAAAUUCAUUUACCAACACUCCUGUCAACAACUUUAAUACCUUCCAAGGACAACAACAACAAGGUUUCAGCAACAACAAUAACUACAAUGGAUUCAAUGGCAAUGAUGGAAACUUCUACAAUAACUUUAAUGACAACUUGAAUAGUUUCCAACAACAAGGUUUCAACAACAACAUUAGCAACAACAACAACAUUAGCAACAACAACAACAACAACCUCAACAACACUUUGAAUAGUUUCCAACAAUAUAAUCAAGGCUACUCAUAG